AUGUCAAGAGAAUUCAAAUCGUUUGGGUCUACGGAACAGUCUUUAUUAUCGAAAGGCCAUGGAGAACCUAGUUACAGUGAAAUAUACGCCGAGCCUGAGAACUUCUUAGAGAUUGAGGUGCAUAAUCCCAAAACACACAUACCCAACGGGAUGGAUUCGAAAGGAAUGUUUACAGAUUACGAAAUAAUAUGCCGCACAAACUUGCCGAGUUUCCACAAGAGAGUAUCGAGGGUGAGGAGACGAUACUCUGACUUUGAAUAUUUCCGCAAAUGCUUGAUCAAGGAAAUUUCGAUGCUUAAUCACCCAAAAGUAAUGGUUCCCCACUUACCGGGCAAGAUUCUCUUGAGUAACAGGUUCAGCAAUGAAAUCAUUGAGGAAAGAAGGCAAGGUUUGAACACUUGGAUGCAGUCAGUAGCCGGCCACCCCCUACUGCAGUCCGGUUCUAAAGUCCUUGUUAGGUUUAUUGAAGCGGAGAAAUUUGUCGGCUAG